CCACAUAAGUGGACCAACCUUCAGUGAGCAAUGAUUAUUACCGUUGCUCCAGUUACGGACGCUCGCCCGCAAACGCCCGAAGACUGCGGCAUGUUCAAGUUCCAGCGUAAGAUCCUGCUCAUCUUCGGCUGUUGGCCACCGGAUCGGCCUACACGACGCUGGUAUGUGAAGGUUCUCAUCGCCGUCAAUCUGAUCACGCUUGCCAUCUGUAUAGUGGGCGAGUUUCGGUACUGCCUGUACGCGUAUCAGAACGGUAGUCUGAUCGAAACGAUCGAAAGCAUUUGCCCAUCUGUUGCCAGAUUUUCUGGCUUAUUGCGUAUGUGCUGGUUUCUUAGGAACGAGCACAAAAUUAAAAGCGCUCUAAACAGUGUCGUCCAUUUAAUGAAGAAUGAACAUCCACGUGAAACUGGCUACACGAAUCGGAUCACGGCCCGAGAUCAAACGAUAACUAAAGUUCUUUUCCAUUCAAGUUUCAUCACUGCGAUACUGUAUGGCAUUAUACCGUACGUUAUGAUGGCUUACAACUGGUUCCAGGGCCAGUAUCCUCUUGUGAAGCUUUUACCAUUUAAAGUUGCGCUACCCUUCGACUCACAAGAUCCUACGCUCUUUGUACUGACGACAAUUUUCCUCAACUAUGCUUCGGUACCUACCAUUACGGCCAUGACGAGCACUGACGCAUUGUUCAGUGGAGUUUGCCUCUACAUGGAUGGCCAGUUUCAAGCGAUCCGGUUGGAAAUGGAAGCGCUCGCCGAAACGGUAGACGGGAGCACGCCGAAAAGCUCCGCUGCCGAAACGCUUCGCAUCAAUCUCGAGCUGAGGCGCAUCAACAAGCGCCAUCAGACAAUUAUUAACGUCGUGUCGGAAGUACGCCACGCAUUCACCCCAACGAUUCUGACCAUGCACAUCUGUGGGGCGUUCAUGAUAUGUAUUAUAAGCAUGACAAUGUUUCUAGCCGACGGAAUCAACAAGCUCACCUACAUGCCGUACACGUUUACAGUGCUGAUGUUGCUCUUCAUAUACUCAUACGGUGGCACGAUUGUGCGAGAUUCGAGUGAAGCCAUCCAAACAGUGGCCUACGGUUUCCCGUGGUAUCGGUUCGAUCGUAACACCCGACACCUUGUCCAGAUGAUGAUGGUACGGGCGAAGUAUGGAUGCAAUGUGGACGUACCGUUUUUUCAAACGUCGAUGGCUACCUUCUCGGUGAUCGUCCGCACAGCUAUGUCAUACAUCACGUUGAUGAAGUCGUUUUUGUAG